AUGUUACACUUGCACUGUUCCACACUUGAAGCUCCAAUCUCACAAAACCUAUCACUCCCAAACUGCAACAAAUAAUCGUGCUCCGAUGCAUUGCAAUUGCGGCGAGGAGAAAGCGUGUGAAUCUGAUGAAUUGGGUCGUUCCGCAAGUUGGGUAUGGGAGGGGAGUAGAGUGCGGUGAAACAGAAUGUGGCGCAGAAGGUGAAACAGACCACAUGAGGUGUUGUUGCAUUGGAUUUGUGGUUCGUCAAAGAGGAGCUGAGUUGUAUAUUCGCACACACACACACGGAUGCAGUGGAGGAGGUGGAGGAGGAGGCAUGGGAUGGAUGGAUGUGUGAAGUUUUGAUGGGUUUUGCCGCAGAAUGUGGUAGAACCGGUUUAAGGGUUGUUUUAUUUGCACAGGGGCUAGUUGUUGUUGUUGUUGUUGCUGUUGUUGUUUUGAGGGUACUCAGAGGAGGCUACAUUCCGGCGUUGUUACCCUAUUACCAUAAAGUGGGCGUGUAGAGUGGAAGAGAUGCUAUUGGCGUGGAUUGCGAGCUUUCCAGGGAGAAGCAAACGAGACUGAGAUUUUGUCUUUUAAUUUUAAUUUUCGUCCAGCGAGAUCUUUGUUUCUGUGUUUUGCUCUGUUUCUGUGAUACUAUCUGCGCUCGUGGAUGCAGCUUUCGUAAUGAGCGUAAUGCAGCACAUGGCUGCAGCUAACAACAAGUGGCAUGCUGCCGCUCUUGCGCUGCCUGCUGCCCCUCGUGGUUUUGGUCGUCGCCAUCGUGUCUCCUGUUGCAUUCAGCCGCCUGUUGGAGAUCGAGGAAUAGGAGAGGACAGAUUAACGGAGAUUUCCAUAGCUACAGACGGGGAUGGCAUAUUCGGAGUUGACAUGAAGCAGCUUAUUGACGAUGCACAGCAGAGCAUUCUGCACUUAAACACAGGCCGAACUACGGCAUUCGAGAAGCUUCAAAAGGUUGAGCGCGAGAGAGACUUGCUCGCAGCUCGUGUUGCACAGCUAAAAGCGGAACAUGAAGCCAGCAUGGCCGAGUGCGAUUUACUGCGUCAGAAAGCCAAGCAGUUUGAAAUGUCAUUUCACGUUUCAGGACGUCAAGGAAAGUCCGCAGGGUCGAUGAAACGCUUCAAAAUGAACAGAAAGAGAUUUAAUCCCCCGUCAAUAUGGAGUGAGAUUCUGUUGCGUAUAGAUGCUAUGACAUUGACUGGAGUGCUUCAGAUAGAGCAGGCCACGUCUUUGCGUAAACUUGUUUGGGCACGUGAUGCACAAAUUGCAGACAUGUUUUUCAAACUUGCGGAUGGGAAUGAUGCGGAGCUUUCGGCUAGGCUUCUUUCGAUUAUAAGUUCAACGAGAAGGCGGAGUCUUCAUAUUGUCCAUAUAUGCACAGAAAUGGCGCCUGUUGCUCAACCUGGAACAGCAUCAUUUAAUAUAUCCAACUUAUGUAAGGCACUGCGACGGAAUGGGCACUUGGUGGAGGUGAUUCUACCCAAGUAUGACUGCAUGGAUCUCAGUGCAGUGGACAACCUUAGAGAGAUUGAGACAGAUUUGUACAUUUAUUUUGGUGAUCAAUGGCACAAAAAUAGAAUCUGGAUAGGGACUUUAUAUGGAAUAGCCGUUACCCUAUUAGAGCCUUUUCAUCCUGGCAACUUUUUUGCGCGCGAAGAGUUUUACAACUAUAAUGAUGAUUUUGAGAGGUUCACGUAUUUCUGCAAAUUGUCGUUGGAGUACUUGCUUAAGUUGGGGAAACAAGCCGACAUACUUCAUCUCCACAACUGGCAAACAGCUGCGGUUGCUCCCAUGUUCUGGGAACAUUAUGCUCAUCAAGGAUUGCAGGAUAUUCGUCUCGUGUUGACUUGCCAUGAUUUCAGGUAUCAGUGUCUUCGAGAUCCCCACAAACUGGCUAUUUGCGGUUUGGACCCAGAACAACUGAAUAGGCCUGAUCGGCUGCAGGAUGACUUAGAACCUCGUUUUAUCAAUAUGCUCAAGGGCGGGAUUGUGUAUUCGAACAUAGUAACCACAGUUUCUCCAAUUUACGCAGCUGAUGUUCUGACCAAGGAACAUGGUUAUGAUCUUCAUGUGACUUUGAAUACUCACAAGGAUAAAUUUAUCGGCAUAUAUAAUGGUUUGGACGAUGUUUUGUGGGAUCCUGCACUUGAUUGUGCACUGCCGGAAACAUAUUCUGUGGAGGAUAUGGCAGGAAAGUCAGUGUGUAAGGCAAGUCUUCGACAAGAAUUGGGUUUACCCAUGGUGGACGACUCUGUGCCUUUGGUUGGCUGCAUCUUAUUUGAAAAUUCAGAAGUGGAGCUCAAGUUGAUAAGAGCAGCGUUGGAAUGUGCUGUAGGAGAAGAAGCUCAGUUUGUCUGUGCUGUCCACAACAAUCCUGGAUUAGGAAUACGUCUGACUGGCAAGCAAAUCCAUACGGAUGCAAAUGCCCGUCUCCUGGGAGUUAACGAUGAUGCUUUGCUUCAUCGAAUUGUGGCAGCUUCAGACAUCCUCUAUAGUCCUGAUAUGUAUGAACCGGCAAGUCAGUCAGUAAUGAUUGGUAUGCGGUAUGGUGCAGUACCUGUAGCUCGGCAAGUGCAUAGUAUCACUAGCAGUAUAAUUAAUUUGGACGAGCAGCAACAUAUCAUAUUACACGCAACGGGCUUUCCAUUUUAUAGCACCGAGGAUUCCGAUGCCAUAACAUCAUUACAUGAUGCUUUGACCUACUGGAAGUGCCAUCCAGAAAUGUGGUCAACACUUGUCCGGAAUUGCAUGUCCAAGGACCUGUCAUGGGAUUCAAGUUGUGUGGAGGCUUAUGAAGCUGCUUACUGGUCGGUUCACAAAGUCUAAUUAGUUUUGGAACUUCACCCUAGUUCAAUUUCUUGCUCUAGGCUUUACAUACUCCAUAGACCUGAAACAGAAUGAAAUGAUCAUCUUAGGUGAUCAACUCGAGCAGCACUUACCUGAGCUUACACUGGUUGUAAACCUCACUCAUUGUAUAUAAGUAGUAAAUGGGUUUAUCACUUGAUUUAAAGCCACCCUUAAAGGGUAUAUACAAGCAUGAUCAGAUUUUUUGGCUUUCUGAUUGCAAAUUGCUCCCAAGUCUGAAGAUUUUCAGGAGUUGAUAGAAAUACACCAACGUGUAUGGCCCAGAGGAUCAAUUGUAUACACUGGCUCAGGCCAAUGUUUUGGAAUGUAUUAAGUGCAAGCCAGGAGAAUGCCAUGUUUCUAUGGUAUGAUCAUGGGACUUCAAAUGCUA